AUGAUCUGUACGGACGACUGCACCUGCAGUCUGUGCCGGGAGCUGCGGGGCUACAAGCUGCGGGUGAAGCCCGCCCCGUCGAAGGCCGAUCGCGAUCCGGCGCGGGAUCGCGAGCCACAGUCGAAGUACUGCAAGAACUCGAAGCUGACGCGCAACGAUAACUUCAUACUGCGCCGGCGCACCUCGCAGGCCGACUUCCCGGAGGAGUGCUUCCCGGACCGGCAAGUGCCCCGCCAGCCGCCGGGGGGCGGCGGUGUCCGGAUGAAGAAGGCCCAAAGCUACAACGAGAUACCGAGCACCAAUCGCCACUACUACCAACCGAGCGCGAUGGGCUCGAAGAUGAUCAAGAGCACCAACAACCUGACGGAGGAGGACGGGGGUCGCCACGACGGUGACGACGAUUACUACAGCUACCUGGCACCGUCGCCCCCUCCGUCCGUGCCGCACGAGGGCCGGCCGCGGGCCGCCGGUGGCAACAAGAUCGAGCGGCAGAAGGACCACAAGGUGAUCAUCUACUUCGGGGACUCGAUCGCACACCGGAAGAGCGAUAAGUCGCGGCCGGCACCGCCUCCGCCGCGACCCCUGUCCGGUACGCCUCCACCCCCGAAGGCCAGUGAGUUGAACGUGUUCCACGCGGCGCGCCUCUGCGAGGAGUCGGUCAAGAUGCAGCUCCAGCGCGACGGCGGCGUCAAGCCGCCAACGGUGCGGGAGGCCCUCGAGAAGCCCCCCGCCCCCAGCCCGAAGCCCGGGAAGGAGUUUAUGCUGCAGCUCAAGUCGGUGCUCGAGGAGAAGAGUCGAUCGGCUGGCGCCGCUCCGGUCAGCGCGGUGCCGGACCGGACCGGUGCAGUGCCUCCGCCACCGGAAGCGAAACGGAACCACACGCAGGUGGUGGAGAUACGGCGCGUGGACAAGACGGUGGGGACGGUGACGGACCAGCCGUCACCGUCACCGUCACCGUUGCCAUCGUUCGUCGAGAGCGUCGUCGACGGAGUGAUCCACAUCAAGAUCGAGGAGAGCUUCAAGGUCGCCACCGACAUCGUGCAGGCCGUGUUCGAGGACGGCGGCCCGGAGGGAGGGGCCGGUGCCGGUGCCGAGUACGAGGACGACGUCGGGGACCCGUUCGACUGGAGCUUCGUGCAGAACUGGAGGGCACGACCGUCGGGGACAGCCGUGGCGAACGGGCAGGUCAGCUCGCCACCGCACCACAACAACAGCGCGAGCCAGCAGAGCAGCAGCAUCGGUCUGGCCGCCACCACCAACAACGGCGUGGCCGCCGGCGCCACCGCAAGCCACAGUGGGUCGGGUGGGGGUGGUACAGUGGCCGGCUGUAGCUUCCCGGGCAAUGGUCUGUCCCCGGGCAACCACUACAUAGCCUCGUCGAAUCCGAUCGCUUCGCCCGGCGCCCGUAUCCAGAGUCCGGCGGUCGCGACGCCCGCACCCAGGAUCUCGAAGGAGAUCGCACUCCGUCCGACGGGCGGGGUCUCCGCGAACGAUGGCUACAGCCGUAACUACAGCCUGUCCCCCACAAGCCAGCCCGGAGGGCAGCUCUCGGAGAACGGCCACCCGGCGUACGCGCCAUCCAGCGAACGGGACGGGAAGUCACUGGCCCUAGCGACGGACAGGAAAUCGCAUCCACCAGUGGCCCACACCGGUGGGGGCUACCAGCAGCAGCACGGAGGGCAGCAUCAUCAGCAUCACCCGCAGCAGCAACAGCACCACGCCGGCCAUCAGCAGCAGCAGCAAUCAGCGGGCGGUCCCCAUCGGUCCGUGUCGGGCCCGACGAAGCUGACCGUGCAGAGCUCCCCGGUGAAGGCGCAGCCGGCGAUGGUGAGCUCGGGCCUGGACAAGUCGUUGCUCAGCGGGGCCCCCACGGGCACGGGCUCGAACGAGCUGGCGAACGGCAAGCGGCUAGCGGGGGCCGUGAUCAGCAGCGUCACGACGAUCAACGAACAGGUCGGUGCGGGCAACAGCAACAGCUCCAGCAACGCCAGCAGCGUCAGCCACCUGAAGCAGCACUUCUCGCCCCAGAGCCACCACGCGGUACCGGCCGCUUACCACCACCCACCGCCGUCCGAUUGUGGCGGAGCCCAUCCGGCGCCCGGCGGUGGUGGAGGCCCGGGCCCGGGCCCUCAGUCCAAGGGUGGUGCGCUGGGGAUCACGCGGUCUCACCAUCACGCCGGAACGCACGACUUCCGGGGGCUGCAGCGGGUCAACGAGUGCCACAGCUCGUCGGACGAGAACCGCUCGUCCGGCCACGCCAGCAUGUCCGAUACGGGGCACGGGAGCAGCUCCCCGGGCGGCGGCAACCGAGCCGGGGGGCCACUGGGGCCCCUGCCGGAGGAUCGGCUGGCGGCGGGCGUUACCAACCGGAGUGCCCGGUCGCGGGCCAGCUCGAACCACUCGCGGUCACGGCACCGGGCGACCCCAGCCAAGAUCCCGUGGGGUGGCGGCGGCCUCGAGGACAUCAAGAUGGCGAUCCAGCAGCUGACGAUGCGCUCGCACACGUCCACCUCGACGUACAGUAGCCUGAGCGCGGGCUCGGAGAGCUCGGAACCGGUGCGGAACCGGCUCGGGCGCUACAGCUCCCUGGAGACGGUCAACACGAACGUGACGAGCGCGGACGAGUUCGUGUGGGUGGACUCACACAACCGGCUGGUGGAGCUGCAGCACCCGCCGUGGAGCCAGCACUGCGUCCUGCGCGUGAUCCGCACCGGCCGCUGCCGGGACUACGCCGAGCGCGUAUCGGUCGAGGCGGUGCCGCGGCUCGGCUAUCUGCUCCAGCGCGCCCUGGUGCGGGUCGCCCGCGAAGUCCAGCGCCUGUCCGGGAGUCUGGGCCUGUGCUCCAAGCACGAGGUGGCCGGCGCCUUCCGGAUCGUCCUCUCGCCGGCCCUGUCCGACUCGUGCAUCAAGGCGUGCCUCCGGGCAGCGGCCAUGUUUGCGGUGCCCGGUGACAGUGCGCUCCGGCAGAGCAAAUCGUCCCGGGCCGGUCUCCAGUUGCCGGUCGGGCGCUUCCACCGGUGGAUGGCCGACGCCCGGUUGGGCCGCUUCGUGCACGAGUACGCCGCGGUGUAUCUGUGCGCCGGGCUCGAGAACCUGCUGGAGGAGAUCUUCCUCCAGUGUUUGCCGGCGGCCGCGGAUCAGUCGGCGGCCCUGACCGCCACCGGGCUCGAGCACGCGAUCGCCGGCUCCGGGGAUCUGUGGGGCCUGCUGCAACCGUACGCCCAUCUGAACGCGGGCCGAGUCGCAUCCGGAGCCCUCACGAUGCCCCGCUGGGCUAGUCAAUCGUCGAUCAACUCGGCCAGCGGUGGCCCCGCCAGCAGCUCGAGUGCCCUCGAGCCGUGCCUGCUUACGACGUGCGUCGGCAGUCUGGGCGAGCUGAAGGACCUGGUCGGGCGGGCGCAGCAACGCAGCCAGCACGUCGCCCUCUCGCAGACCGCGUUCCGGGUGCUGUUCUACUUCAUGCGCUGCUCCCAGCUCGAACACAACGACGUCGGCGUGACCUCGGGCGGUGGUGGCGGCAGCGGCGGCACCGGUGGCGCGGUGGUCAACAACAUCCAGGAGCUGUGCUACGAGCGGGCGUACGUCGUGUUGCCGCCGCUCGUCGAGUGGCUCCGGGUUUCGUCCGCGCACGCCGAGUACCGGCACGCGCUCCUGAUCGACAAGGACGACAUCAUGCAGGCCGCCCGGCUGCUGCUCCCGGGCGUCGACUGUCCGCCGCGUUUGAUCGCCUCCGAGGAGGAGCUGCCCUCCAAGCGGACCACCGGCUGCGGGGGUGGUGGCCUCUCGCAGGCCCACAGCCUCGUCGGCACCUCGUCCAAUCACUCCGGCCAAACGCAGCCCCUGCACGGUUCACUAUCCUCGAACUCGUCCACAUCCACCACCGGCAGCAUCGAGGACUCGAGCGAGUGCGGUCGGCGGGCCACGUACGCGCUGGCCUUCCGGCUCAUGCUGACCGGCCGGCCGGAACUGCUGAUCCAGGCGCUGUCCCUCGUGCCGCCCACGACCCGCUACGACACGCUCAACCACCAGGGCAUGACGGCGCUGAUGAUCGCGGCGGUGCGCAACGACGAGACGGCCAUCCAGACGCUGCUCGAGGCCGGCGCCGACCCGAACGUGGAGGUGCCGGCCUGCGGCGCCCACCCGAGCUGUCCCGCCAUCCACCCGGAAACCCAGCACUGGACGGCGGUCACGUUUGCGGCGGCCCGCGGCAACUACCAGGCGCUGCGGAUCCUGCUCGAGCGGAAGGCCCGCGUCGAGGGGGGCGCCCGGCUGAGCGAGGACAAGUGCACCCUGACACCGCUCCAGGUGGCCAGCGGGUCCGGCAUCGUCGAGGUCGUGUCGCUCCUGCUCGCCCACGGUGCCCACGCGUUCCUGUCCACCCAACAGAAGGACCUGCUCUGCUUCUCCGGCACGGCCCAGCGUGGCUGCUACAGUGCCAUCUCGGUCGCUGCAGCCCACGGGCAGCGGGUAACGCUACGGAAGCUCCUGUCGCAUCCGCUCGCCCCCGGCAGCCGCGAGGUCCUGUCGCUGGAGGAGAUGCUGGCCGAAGGCGACGGAAACACGCGCACCCAGCUCGACCGCCAGCAACCGGAAGCGCCACCGACGCUGAACAAAACGCAAAUCAAAAGUCUUCAAGAGGCCAUGUACCAUAGUGCGGAGAACAACCAUCUAGAUAUUACCAUCGAGCUGAGGGCGCUGGGCGUUCCGUGGACCCUGCACUGCUGGAUGCACGCGCUGGCGGCCGCGCACGAGCUGCGCCUGGACGCGGUCAUCGAUCAGCUGCUGCAAGACUUUCUGCAGGUCUGCCCCGACGAUUACAGCCAACAGUUUGUGACCGAGUGUUUGCCGCUGUUGUUCAACAUUUUCCGCUACAGCAAGAAGGAAGGCACCACGCUGCUGCUGGCCGACAUCUUCAGCACCUGCUUCGGCUGGGAGCCGAUCAAACCGAUCAAGGAGCCCGUCCUGCAGCCCUCGAACGGAUCGCGCAUCGAUCCGAAGUUCGUCAACAAUCCCGAACUGAGCGAUGUCACGUUCCGGGUGGAAAAUCGCAUCUUUUACGGACACAAAAUCGUUCUCGUCACCGCAUCUCCGCGUUUGCAGAGCAUGUUGAGCUCGAAGUUGAACGAAGGAACGGGCACUCCGACCGUGCAAAUCAACGACAUCCGGUACCAUAUCUUUGAGUUGGUCAUGCAGUUCCUGUACAGUGGCGGAUGUAGCGCGUUGGACGUGGCGGCGGGCGACGUGCUGGAGCUGAUGGCGGCGGCCAGCUUCUUCCAGCUCGAGGGGCUGCUGCGCUACACCGAGGCCCGCUGCUCCGAGAUGAUCGACAUCGACAACGUGGUCGCCAUGUACAUACACGCAAAGGUCUACAACGCUCAGAAGCUGCUGGAGUUCUGCCAAGGUUUCCUGCUGCAGAACAUGGUGGCCCUGCUGACGUACGACGAUUCCGUGAAGCGGUUGCUGUUCGCGAAGAAAAUUCCGAACCAUGACGUGCUGACCGGGCUGCUGACCACGCUGCAGGCGCGCAUCAAGGUUCGCCGGAAUGGGGCCAACGCGGCAAGCAACGGAGGCGCAACAUCCAACGGCGGUACACCGAAUGCGGCCGCCAGCCGCCCCACGGCGUCGAACGGUGGCAGCAGCAAGUCCAAGUAG